UUUAUUUCAAAUGAGAACCUCUGCCCCCUGGAGGGAAACAGAUUUACGAACACACGUGAACUCCUCUUUCGUAUCGUCUCUCCGUGCAAAAUGACGAAGGGUACAUCGAGUUUUGGUAAGCGGAGAAACAAGACACACACCUUGUGCAGACGGUGUGGGCGCAGCUCGUACCACAUCCAAAAAUCGCAGUGUGCACAAUGCGGGUAUCCAGCGAAAAAGAUGCGAUCUUAUAACUGGUCGGUGAAAGCGAAAAGGAGGAAGACUACAGGAACUGGUCGUAUGCGUUAUCUGAAGAUCGUUCGUCGCAAGUUCAAGAAUGGAUUCAGGGAAGGAUUACCGAAAUCGAAAACAGUUCCAACUAAAUAAACUAUUGUCUCUACGUUAUUUUGACUUAGAAUAAACAAGUCCAAAAAAUCCAAAACUA